AGGGCGCUAUGGCCUAUGGCGGCGCUUCCGGUUCGGCCGCCCUCAGCUAAGAUGGCGGCCAUAGAGAAGCGGCGGCCGGCGGUGGUUCCGGCGGCCAAUUACUCCGAUGGCAGCCGGUCGAUAGUACCCCGGCCGGCAGCCACGGUCGAGAGCGAAGAGGAGUUCCUGCGGCAGGUCGGCGUGACGGAGAUGAUGCGCGCGGCCCUGCUGAAGGUGUUGGAGGCGCGGCCCGAGGAGCCGAUCGCGUUCCUGGCACACUACUUCGAAAACAUGGGCCUGCGCUCGCCUGUGAACGGUGGCGCCGGGGAACCCCCAGGCCAGCUCCUGCUGCAGCAGCAGCGCCUGGGCCGUGCGCUGUGGCACCUCCGCCUGGCUCACCACUCCCAGAGGACCGCCUUCAACAACAACGUGGGCGUGGCCUACGAGUGCCUGAGCGCCAGCGGCCGCCGCAAGCGUCCCGGGCUGGACGGGCGCACGUACAGCGAGCUGCUCAAGCGCAUCUGCCGCGACGGCGAGGCGCCCGAGGAGGUGGUGGCGCCGCUGCUGCGCCGGCUGCAGUGCCGGGACCACGAGGCCGUGCCGCUGGCCGUCUUCCGCGCCGGCAUGCUCACCUGCUUCGUGCUGCUGGAGUUCGUGGCGCGGGCCGGCGCGCUCUACCGCCUGCUCGAGGACCCCGCCAUGGCCGUGGCCGACCGCCGCGUGGGCCAGGCGGUGCUGGACACUCUGGAGGGGGCCCUGCAGGCCAGCGACAACGCCGCGGGGCCCGCCUGCUACCUGGAGGCCGGCUCCCGUCUGGGCCCCGACAGCCUGGCGCUGGCCAUCGACCGCGCCCUGGGCGCGCGGCGGCCCAGCAACCCCAUGUCGCGGGAGGAGUUCCUGGAGAAAGCCGCUGCCCUCUUCAUCGCCAAAGUCAAGCCGGUGGGCUGAAGGCCAGCCCCACGCCCCUCGCACCUUAGCGGCCGCCACCUGGGCCUCGACCUCUGCGGGCUCUGAGGUCCCGACCAGGAUGCAUGCAGGGGUGGGGACGACUCCCGGGGGAAGACCAAGGGUCCCAGGAAUCGGGUCCCACGCCCCCUCAACUCCCCCAGGGGCCCCUCCCAGCAGUAAUAAAGCCAUUUCCGCAGCCCA